ACUAUAUGCUUUACUAGUGAUUGAGCGCUUUGGUUAAAAAGUCUUUCUCUGCAGUUUCUUUUCGCAUUUACGAAUUUACGAUUAGCCUCAAAGCUUGACGGCAUCUAAUUUGAUAUUAUAUACAUAUAUAUAUAUAUAUAUAUAAAGAAAUAUAUGCUUAUAUAUAUAUAUAUAUAGCAUACGGUGUAUAUGUGCGUGUAUCUAUAUGACUAUAGACUACUGUGCAUUUAUAUAUGGUAGUGGAUAAAUAAUUGGUGCAAUGUCAGAUGGCCAGGGCCAGGUUAGUUCGUUAUUGAAUAACUCAUUCCUAUAUAGAAGUACGAUAGUAUUCCUCAUAAUAAGCAUUCCAUCUCAUGAAAUGCCUGGAAUAUUUCAUUGAGCGUAGUUUAACAUAAACUGGCUUUCUUCGUUCCAUUUUGUUUAUAUAACUAUUUAUAUCUUUCCUCUGUACUUUUAACAACCAAGUGCGACCCUAUUUAUUUAUUUAAUGUAUUAUAUAAUAAUUUUUUUAAUUGAUUUUAAAUAGAAACGUACUAUUAAUAAUAAUUUAAUCAGAUAUAUAAAUAUCUCUAAUUAUUAUCGCUUUCUAAUAUGGUGAAACAUCUGUGUAUACAAAAAAUUCAUACAUUCUGUAAAUAUUCUAUAUAUUUAUAUAUACUAUCUAUAUAUAAUCUGUGAGAUCUAAAUAUACUAAAUAUAUACACGCGUUAGGCGAGGAUGGAGAGAAUUUGUUGCGAAAUUAAUAUUAUAGGUAGGCGGCGCUAGAACUCAUGUAGCUAUAAUUUGCCGCUAUGCGACCUGAAAAAAAGAGUAUGCCCUUCUUUCUGCAGAUAGAGAAACGAUAAGAAAGAUCGUGUGAGAUAUUUCUCCAUCUUUAAUAGACGUAUGUCCACUCAUAGGGCACGUGCUCCAACCUUCCUUCAAAAGCCCGCAAUUCGACAAGAAGAUGGCGGCAAGAAAAUCGUAUUUGAAACCCGCACUUCAGCCGAACCUAUUCCAAAAUUUACAUGGUUUCGGAAUGAUAUCGAAUUGUCUGAUGGGGGACGGUAUAAAUUUGUUUCAAAGGAUGAAGGUAAUUCCUCCUACUACGUUGCUCUCGAACUAUCUGAUCCUCAGCAAACCGACGCUGCUACAUAUAAAGUUCAUGCGCAAAAUGCUCAUGGACAGAGUACAGCGAACUUAAAAUUGAAUUUUGAUACCGGAGCCUCCAAUGGACAACCUCCUAAAUUCACUGCAAAACCCGUAAUAAGACAAACAAGUACUGGGGGUGUAGAGUUUGAAGUGUCGCUUAUUGCUGACCCUUCUCCAACUAUAACUUGGUCAAAGGGGACUACAGCAUUAAAGGAUGGAGGACGAUACUCUGUAUCUACUCGUACUGAUGGUAUCUCAUACGUGAUCUUACUUCAAAUAAGUCAGGUUGAAGCAUCUGACGGUGGAUUAUACGUUGUGAAAGCUUCAAACAAACAUGGGGAAUCUAAUGCAAGCCUGCAAUUAAAUCUUGAAAGCUCAGCACCAUCAGACGGGCAAGCACCUAGUUUUGUAGAAAAGCCCAGUAUUAAGCAAGAAUCAAAUAGAAUCGUUAUGUCAUGUGUUGUUCAAGCUCAGCCCAAACCAGAGGUUGAUUGGUUUCAUAAUGAAAAGAAAAUAUCUACAUCAAAUCGCAUUAGUACUUCAGUUACUGAAACUUCAUCAAAUUCUUAUCGUUUACAAUGUAUAAUAAUGAACGCCAUUAGCGAAGAUGGAGGAGCCUAUAAAUGUACAGCGCGAAAUCCUUUAGGCACAAGUAAUGCCAAUCUCAAUUUAAAUAUCGAAAAGUCAAAGAAAAAAACCUCUCAAGCUCCUUCCUUCACCCAAAAACCAAAAAUACGCCAUGAUAGCAAGACAAACGCUGUAACAGUUGAAUGUUUAUGUCAAGCGGAACCUGAACCGAAAAUUGUGUGGUUGAAAGACGGUUCUCCUCUUCCGAAAAAUCCCCGAUUUCGUGUGUUAUCUAGCAAAGAAACUGAUAUUUAUGUUCUAACUUUAACGAUUACUAAUGCCACUGUCAAAGAUGGCGGUACUUUCAAAGUAGAAGCAAAGAACGAAGUAGGCGAGGCUAGUGCAAAUAUAAAAUUGAACUUGGAAAGUGGCCAACAAAAAGCGCCAGCUGUACUUGGUCAACCGAUAAUAAAACUUGAAAAUGACGGAGAGAUGCUUCUGCUUGAGAUGAAAGUUACUUCAUUUACGAAACCUACUGUAAAUUGGUUCUUCUCCAAUAAGAAUUUAAAAAAUGGAGGUCACUACUUUAUAGAUAUAGCUAGGGAAGAUGAUGAUUAUGUGCUUAUAUUAGAAGUGAAUCAUGUAACGGAGAGUGAUGUUGGAGAAUAUCGAUGUACCAUUCAAAAUAGCGGAGGUGAAAUAGUUAAAGUGAUAAAUGUUACAAAAAAAGAUAUAUUAAACGACGCCAAGAAGAAUGAGGAGGAAAAAACGGAAGAAAACGAAACUAAGUUAAAGAAAAAGAAGAAAGAUUCUGCAACUAAAAAGGAAAAUAACGAAGAGGUGAAGGAAGAGAUUUCACCUAAGAAAGCGGAAUUAGAAAAUUCUUCCAAGACUAAUCAGGUCAAUAACGAUGAAAAAGUCGUUAAGAAAGAUGAAAAGAAAACAGUAAAAAAGGUAGUAAAAAAGAAAACCGUAGAACCUGAAAAGAAACAAACAGAUAACGAUAACAAACCAGAAUUUUUGAAGAAAAAACUAGGCGGAUUAAAAACGAAUCAGGUUAAGAAACCGGAAGUAACAGAAACCGGUUGGGGUGUAAAACUGAAAAAAUCAACACAAGUAAAAAAAACUGAUAACGUUGAAGAGACUGCAUAUAAUUUAAAGCCAGUUAAAAGGGGAUCUGAGCCAGUUUUUACAGAUAAAAUAAAAGGCAUAUCGACUAAUGUUGGUAAAUCUGCCGAAUUUACAGCAAGAGUUUCAGGCACAGAACCAUACAAAGCGGAAUGGUUCUUGGAUAGCAAAAAGAUUGAAGCCGAAGGGUCAGAUAACAUACAUAUUUCGAUAUCCGGCAAAGAGUUACGUUUGAAACUAAGCUCUGUUACAAAUGAAGAUGCCGGCAGAUACCUCUUGGUCGUUUCGAAUGACUAUGGAAAAUGCGAAUGCUCUACAACACUCGUUGUUAAAGAUGUUCCGGAAAGGAAAAGCCAGUUUGAUAAACGUAAAUCAACAGAUAGAGGAAAACAAUCUGUUCCCUCGAUCGUUAUGGAAGCGGAUAAUACUAAAAUACCAACCGAUACUUUGGCUCCAAAAGAGGAAAUGGACGGCCUCUCGCCUGAUAUGUUAGGUUUUAGGCGGGGUUCUCGUCGCCUAAGCAGACCUGAUUUAGAGGAGGAAGAGGAAAGCGAAUACUUUGAAAUUAAACCCAAAAAUCAAGUUAUUCCUGAAGGGGAUCCAAUGUUUGUUGAAGUAAAAUUCAAGAAAAAACCUGGAAAAGUUAAAUGGCUAAGAGCCGGACGCGACAUUGUGGCUGAUAGUAGAAAUGUCUUCCAUUUUAAUUCUAGUACGCUUAUUGCAACAUACGAUUUGAAAAAGGCGAAAACAUCAGAUGAAGCUAAGUAUACUUGCGUAGUUGAAGAUGGAAAUGGAAAGGAACUGGAUCACGCUGGCUUUUCAGUAUUUGUAAAAGAUCCCAAAGAUUCUAGUAUGGAUUUUAGAGCUCUUCUCCGUCAUAGAGAUAAAAAGAAGAAGAAAGGUGCUGACGAUGGACCCGAGUGGGGUGAACUUAAACCACUUGAAAAAGAAGCACAAGACUAUCAAAGAGGAAGGCGUAUGUCUCAAAUUGAAUUAACUAGAAAUCAACUUAAGCAAGUGCAAGAUCCUGAAGAGGAAAAGGAGAAAAAGAAAAAGCAGCAAGAGAAGCAAGUUAGACGAAUAUCACGGGAAGAGCCUCCAACUCCUAUUAUGGAUUUGAAAAAAGUGGAUGUAGAACAAUUAGAAGUUCAACGUAAAAAUUCGCAACAAAUGAGACGAACCUCGCUGGCCGAGGUUAUACCCGAUUGGCCUCUUCUCUCGAGGCGUAAAGCUCCGGAGAAGCCCCAAGAUCAUUGGAUCGAAGAAAUGGCUGAUGUGACUUGCAAAGAAAAGGAACAAAAAGUAGUAUUAAGCUGCAAAUAUUCCAAUUCUAAUCUACCAUUACGAUGGUAUAAAAAUAAAUUGGAGAUAUUUCAAGGGCAGCGAUAUAAUUUUUUAACUGUCGAUGGAGAAUUUCGUUUAAUAAUUAAUAGAAUUGGUUUAGAGGAUGCUGGAAAAUAUACUUGUGAAUGUGAUGAUAAACUAACUUCUGCUUGGUUAACUGUUGAGGGAAAGAAAGCGUCCUUCUUCUUUACUCAAAAACUUUUAAAAGCUAUGAAAGUUAGGCAGAAAAAAGAAAUAGUUUUAGAAUGUAUGCUGUCAGAUCCUAGACCUCACGUUACCUGGACAAAAGCGGGUGAACCCUUAGAAUAUACCCCUGCCAAAUAUGAAGUUUCUCGUCGAGAUGCCCGCUGUUUACUUCGAAUUAAAAAUGUACAAAUGGAAGAUGCCGUAGAAUUCGGUUGUCACGUAGACGGUGACGACACACUUUGUAAAUUGCAAGUUGACGAACCGGAAUUCGAAUUAACUAGCGAAUUACGUGAUGUUGACGCUUAUGAAAAUGAAACAACAGAGCUUGUAUGCGAAGUUAACGACGAAGAUGCCGUUGUUACUUGGCUUAGAGAAGGAACACCAAUAAAAAUGGGAGGUCGAUACGAGGAGGUUAAAAAAGGAUUAAAGAGAAUCUUAAAAAUACACGACGUUGUAAAAAGAGAUGAAGGAGAAUAUGCAGUUAGUGUUCAAGGAAAGAUAUGUAGAGCUAAAAUGUAUGUUGCUCCCGACGUUGUAAUAAAGCAACCUCUUGAAGGUGGAAAAUUUUUGGAAAGAGAGACACUAAAAUUAAAUUGUAAAUUUAAAAAUCCUAAAAAAUAUCCUGUGCAAUGGUUUAGAAAUGGUGAAGAGUUGACAGCUAAAAGCGAUAGGGUUAAAAUCGAAAGUAAAAAUGGAGAAGAAACUUUAAUUCUUAACAAUUUGAAAACGGACGAUGAAGGGGAAUAUGUCUGUCAAAUUGGACCAAGAAGGAAAACAAAAUGUCAAGUUAAAGUAGACGAAGCUGAGAGAGCGCCCGAAGUCGAUUUAGACAAAAUUCCACGAGAAAUAACCGUUAAAGCCGGCAAGAAGUUCGAACUAGAAAUUCCUUAUACGGGUAGUCAUUUACCUAAGCAACGUCCAAUUGAUAUAAGAAGUGAUGACGAAAAACCUAAGGGAACUCCCCAACCUGUCUCUAAAUGGACAAAGAAUGGAGAGGAAAUCAAACCAAAUGAUUCGGCAAAGACUGAACAAAAGCCAGAUAAAUGCAAGUUAACAAUCGACAAGGCUAAUCGAAAAGAUUGUGGAGACUACAAGUUGGAAUUGACAAAUGCUAGUGGCCAAACAAGCGUGCCCAUUACACUAAAAAUUAUAGAUAAGCCGUCAACUCCUGGUGGGCCUUUAAAAGUUACUGACGUUUUCCGAGAUAGAUGCAAGCUAUCGUGGGAUCCUGUUUCGGAUGACGGAGGUUCACCAUUAGAAAAUUAUCUUGUUGAAAGAAAAGAAGGACGAGGCCCUUGGGAAGAAGUUGGAAAGGUUCAUGAUACCCAAUGCGGUGUAACAAAUUUGAAAAAAGGAGCUAAAUAUACAUUUCGAGUAAAGGCUGUUAACAGUGAAGGAGAAAGUAAACCGUUAGAAACUGAUCAUGAAGUUAUUGCUAAAGAUCCCUGGGAUCCACCCUCCGCCCCAGGAACACCCAACAUCGUUGAUUACGAUAAGAAUUAUGCCAAAUUAGAGUGGACAAAGCCAAAAUCUGAUGGUGGAAAUGCAAUUAAACGAUAUAUUGUCCAGAAAAAACCUAAAUAUGGUGAUUGGGAAGAUGCAAAAACUGUUGGCCCCGAUGACCUUUCAACCACUAUCGAUAAUUUACCAGAAGGAAAAGAAUUUCAAUUUAGAGUUGUCCCCGUUAAUGAUGCUGGAAAUGGUGAGGCUAGUGCAACUACAGAACAAAUUAAAACAAAAGCUCGAAGAGUAAAGCCUAGAAUUGAUCGCAAAAGUUAUGAACCUACUAAAAGGCUGAAAGCUGGACAGCCUCUUAUUUUAUCAGUAGAAUUUAUAGGCGAGCCCGCGCCAACAGCAGCAUGGAGCCAAUCAAAUAAGCCUUUACAGCCAGACAAUGAAGAACCUCAAGUCGCAACUAUGCAAGUAGAAUUAACCGAGGAGGAAAUCGAGGCCAAUGAUAAUGUAUCGAUUACAACUCAUUUAUAUAAAACAACUCUAAACUAUAAAUUGACUGCAAGAAAGAAUACUGGCAUUUACACUGUAACAGUUAAGAAUGAAUUUGGAUCAGAUUCCGCCGAGAUAGAUUUAGUUAUUCUUGGUCCACCGUCAAUGCCAGAAGGCCCGUUAGUUGUUUCCGACGUACGAAAAAAUCAUGCAAAAUUAAGCUGGCAGCCACCUACAGACGACGGUGGUAAACCAAUUACGGGAUAUGUCAUCGAAAAACAAAGAGAAGGCGAUGGCGUUUGGGAAAAAAUUCCGAAUGUUAUUAAACCCUCAACUAAUGAGUUUUUAAUUCCAAAAUUAAAAGAGGGAGAGAAAUACAAAUUUAGAGUUUCAGCUGAAAAUGAUAAUGGCGUAAGUGAACCAUUAGAAACGUCAACAUCAACAACUGCUAAGGAUCCAUUCAAGCCUCCUUCAAAACCUGGAAAACCCGAAGUAAGCGAUAGUGACAAAAAACAAAUUACGAUUAAAUGGGACAAACCGACUAAAGAUGGAGGAUCCCCAAUUCAAGGUUAUAAUGUUGAACGCAAAGAUCCUAGAACUGGCCGUUGGGUUAGACUAAACAAAACUCCUGUAAAAGAUAGAGAGUUCACAGAUACUAAGGUUCAACCUAAUAAAGAAUUCGAGUAUAGAGUUUCAGCUCUAAAUGAAGGAGGUGAAUCGGAACCAAGUGAAAUUUCUAAACCUAUCAAAGCAAGACCCCUUAAAGAAGCUCCAAAAAUUGAUAAAGACGCAUUAUUGGGGCUCAGUGGUCAUCAGAUAAAAGUUAAAGCUGGCGAACCAUUAACUAUUUCAGUACCUAUGACUGGAUCCCCGCAACCUAAAGCUGAAUGGAAGAAAAAUGAUAAAAAUGUCGAACCAUCUAAUAAGGUACAAACAAAAGGAAACGACGACGAAGUACAAUUGCACGUUCCAACAGCUCAGAGGUCAGACUCUGGCAAGUAUAAUUUGAAGCUAUCAAAUGAAUUUGGAAAAGAUGAAGCUAAUUUCGAUGUGAUUGUAUUAGAUAAACCAAAAUCACCAACUAAUAUUGAAGUAAGCGAUGUUUUCGCCGAGAGUUGCAAAUUAAGUUGGGGCGAACCAGAAGACGAUGGUGGAGCAGAUUUGACAGGAUAUAUUGUAGAAAAAUGUGAAGACGACUCUGGUAUUUGGGAAUCAGUUCCUACCUUGGGAGAUGCUAACCAGGCUCAGAUAAAAAAUCUCACUCCUGGACACAAAUAUCAAUUCAGAGUUCGAGCUGAAAAUCCAUACGGUACUAGUCCUCCAGCUGAAACAAACAAAGGAAUUAUUGCAAAGAAUCCCUAUGACGCUCCUGAUGAGCCCAGAGAUGUCAAAAUUACCAAGUUUAACAAAGAGUCAGUGUCCUUAUCUUGGAAACCUCCAUCAUCGGACGGUGGAAAUCCUAUUAAAGGUUAUAACGUUGAAAAAAGAAUCCGCAAUAAACAUGGCAGGGGAGGAACAGACUGGCAAAAGUGUAAUUUUGAAAAACCAAUCAAAGAAACACAUUUCACGGUGCCUAACUUAUCAGAAGGAUCCCUGGUUGAAUUCAGAGUUUCAGCUGUUAACGAAGCUGGACUAGGGAAACCGUCGUCAACUACUGGAGAGCACAUAGUAAGAGACCCAGUUUUCGAAGCAGGAUCGCCUUCACAGCCGAUAGUAUCUGAUAUUACACCCAAUUCAAUGAAGAUAUCUUGGGAGAAACCCCGAGAUGAUGGUGGAGGCAAAAUAACUGGAUACAUUGUUGAAGUUAAAGACGAAGAUGAUGAUUCUCCAGAUGCUUGGAAAGAGUCAUCGGUUUCUCCCGUGAGAGAUUUAUCAGCUACUAUACCGAAUUUGAAAGAAGGAAAGAAAUAUCAAUUCAGAGUUCGUGCAGUAAAUGCCGCAGGCCCAGGACAUGCAAGCAAGCCAACCAAUGAAGUUAAGGCCGAAAAACAGCCAGAAAAACCAUCUUUAAAUAUGCGAGGAGUUAAAGAUAUAACAGUAAAUGCUGGUAAAGAAAUACGUGUUAAUAUUCCAAUUAAUGGACACCCAAUCCCAGAAGCCAAAUGGAAAAGAAACGAUGAAAACAUAACCGGCAACGAAAAAGAUGUAACGUUAAAGGUUACAGAAGAGGCAGCUAUACUAAUAAUAUCCAAUUCGAAGAGAAUGCAUACUGGAGAGUACAACCUAACUCUUACUAACCCUUCUGGGUUAGUGAAUGGAUCAUUAAAUAUCACUGUACUUGAUGUUCCUGCAAGCCCUGAAGGUCCUUUAAAAGCACAAAAUAUUAAUUCAACUUCAAUAGGUCUUGCCUGGAAACCUCCCAAAGAUGAUGGUGGAGCUAAAUUAGAGAGAUAUAUCGUUGAAAAAAGACCAAAAGGUUCAUCUAAAUGGUCAAAAGUUCCGGGUGUGUUUAAAGAUAACGAAGCAGUUGCGAAAAAUUUGGAUGAAGGUCAGGAAUAUGAAUUCCGUGUAUCGGCUUUAAACGAAAAUGGUACGAGUGAGCCGUUAGUAUGUGAAGCUGCGAUUACUGCGAAGCACCCCUUCGAUCCACCAGGAUCCCCAACAGCUCCAGAAUGUACUGGAACAACUGAAGAUUCUAUUACUUUGAAAUGGAAUAAACCAUUGAAGGAUGGGGGAAAGCCUAUUUCUGGAUAUAUUGUCGAAAAGAAAGAUCCUACUACCAAUAGGUGGACAAAAGCUCAUAUAGGCGAAAUUACUGGUCAUCAGACUACGGUAAAGGGGCUUGUCCAAGGAAGACCUUAUGAAUUCAGGGUAGCAGCUGUAAACGAAGCAGGAAAGAGCAAGUGGGCCGAAUGCGAUUCAGCAAUAGCACCAGCUCCUGAGCCAAGUCCUCCAAAAGCAUUUAUCGACCCAUUAGCCCACGAUGUUAAUGUUGCGUUAGGCGAGCCUUUUAGAGUCAGAAUAACUUAUCACGGCCAUCCAAAACCCGAAAUUGUGUGGGAAAAUAAUGGUAAAACUGUUAAACCUGAUAAUAAGAGACUGACUGUAGAAGUUGGCGAAGAAGAUAUUACUUUUUUAUGCAAAUCAUCAGAAAAAGGAGAUACUGGAAAAUAUACAGCAACUCUUACUAAUAUUAAAGGAAAUGACGUUGUUCAUUUUAAUGUUACCGUUCGUGGAAAGCCAGGAGCACCAGGUGGACCCCUCAAAGCAUCCGAUAUAACUCCUGAAUCUUGCACUCUACAUUGGCAAAAUCCAUCAGAUGAUGGCGGCUCACCAGUGACAAAUUACAUAGUUGAGAAAAGAGAAAAAGGUAGUAAUUCUUGGUCGCCAGUUAGUCGCUUUGUGCGUGGAAACAAGUGUGAAGUAACUGACCUAGAGCCCAAUAAAGAAUACGAAUUUCGAGUAGCCGCCGUCAACGAAAAUGGCCCGGGUGAUGAACAUCUCACCACAGAUAAACCUGUAAAGGCUACUCAUAAUUUCUCUACACCAGAUCAACCGAAUAGACUGAGAGUUGUCGAUACAGAUAAGGAUAGCGUUAGACUAAGCUGGGAUAAACCAUCUUCCGAUGGUGGUGAUAGAAUUAAAGGCUAUGUAGUUGAAAUGAAACCCAAGGGUUCAUCUCGUUGGACACCUGUUAACGAGAAAUCACCUUGUAAAGGAACUAAUUACGCUGUAGAAAAUCUUGAAAAGAAUAGUGAAUACGAGUUUAGAGUUCGAGCAAAAAAUUCGGCCGGUACCGGAGAACCAAGUUCAUCAACAGGCUACGUUCAAGUUCAAGCAAAACCAUCCAAAGCACCUGCUCCAUCCAUGGUUAAUGUCGAAUCAGCUGGCCGAAAUGGUGCCUUACUCACUUGGGCAAAACCAAGAGUUGACGGUCGUUUGAAAGGAUACAACGUUGAAAGGCGAAAAGCAGGCACCAAUGAAUGGGAGAAAGUCAAUUCUGUUCCAAUUGCAGAUAAUUCAUUUUCAUUACUUGAUUUGCCAAAAUCGCAGCCAUACGAAUUUCGAGUAGCAGCCGUAAACGAUGCUGGUGAAGGUCAAUUUAGCACACCAACAAUUCCGUUUACUCUCUCAAAGAAUCAAAAUGAAAGUGCUCCAGAAUUUACCAAAGGGUUGACUAAUGUUACAGCAAGUAAUGGAGGUAACGCUAAUUUUGAAAUACAGUUUACUGGUGAACCAGAAGAUAUUAGAUGGUAUAGAGACGGCAUAGAAAUAAAACCUGGCGCUUUCGCAAGAAUGACACGUGAUGGAGAUAAAGCUAGUUUAGUCCUUUCUAACUUGAACCCAAACGAUGGCGGAAAUAUUACAUGCGAAUUGAUAAAUAACAAAGGCAGGGAAUCAACAUCGUCUAAACUGGAAAUACAAACCCCACCCUCCUUCGAUAGAGAUAUAAAAAAUCAAGCAGUAGAUUUGGGUGAAUCAUUCAAAUUAAAAAUACCAUUUUCUGGAAAUGGUCCUUUCGAAGCAUCCGUUAAGAAAGGCAAUAAAACGGUCAAUCCAGAUAAAUUAAGAAUUACACUCUUUGAUGAUUAUAUAGUUUUAAAUUUGAAAGAUGCGGAGAAGUCAGACGAAGGACCUUACACUGUGCAAUUAUCGAAUAAUGCAGGAGCUGUUGAAGCGCCAUUUACAGUUAAAGUUAAAGCAACUCCUUCAGAAUGCAACGGACCUAUAAAAGUGUCAGACUUAAAUAAAAACAGUUGUCGUUUGAGUUGGAGACCACCAACAGAUGAUGGUGGCUCAAGGAUUACCCAUUACAUUGUAGAGAAGCAGGAAGUUGGCAAGCCCUAUUGGACGACAGUUGCAUCUUACCACAAAGAAAGCGAUAUAGAUGUACAAGGCCUUCAUGAAAAUAGUGAAUAUCUCUUUAGAGUUGCAGCAGUUAAUGAAAACGGUCAAGGAAAGUUUUUGACUGCACAAUCAUCGGUUGUCGCGAAAUUACCCUUCGAUAGGCCAGGAGCUCCUGGUAUUCCCAAUGUUGAAUCGGUCGGAGAUGAUUUUGUAAGUUUAUCUUGGGAUAAACCUCGGUCAGACGGCGGAGGUCGUAUAAAAGGAUAUAUCAUCGAGAGAAGAGAAACGGGAACUAAUAAAUGGAUAAGAGUUACCAACUAUCCAGUUCCAGCAACUAUUUAUAACGUUAGCGGUUUAAUUGAAGAUAAAUCUUACGAGUUUCAAGUCAUUGCAGUGAAUGAGGCGGGUGAAAGUAAUCCAACAGUUUGUUCUAGACCCAUAACUGUAAAAGAUCCAGCAGCAGCAAAGUUACCAGAAUUUCUUAAAACGCUCCGAUCAGUUAAUGCUGUUCAAGGUAAAUCGGCUAGAUUUGAGGUGGAAGUUAAUGGACAUCCGGCACCAAGCGUUACAUGGUUUAAAGGAACUCGUGAAUUACACGAUAUAGACAGUAAAUAUGAAAUAAGAGAGGAAAGUGGAAGGCAAAUACUUAUUGUUAAAGACGUGUAUGGAGAAGAUGCUGACGAAUAUGCUGUUAGAAUAACGAACAAAGCAGGAAGUAAGAUAAGUAGAGCUGAUUUAGUAAUUGAAAGCCCGCCAAAGAUCAAAAUUCCACCGCGAUUUAAAGAUGUUGCUUCGUUCGAUGUUGGUGAAGACAUUGUGAUUAAACUUCCAUUCAUUGGCUUACCAAAACCGACUGCAACUUGGUUCAAAGACGGUAGUGAGGAGUUAAAGGCUCAUGGAAAUGUGAGAAUCGAACUAGGAGAUCGUCAUGCUUUCUUAAAAAUAAAAAAUGCUACAAAUGCUGAUUCAGCUUCCUUUAGAUUGACGUUGGAAAAUCAAUUAGGCAGUGAUAGUGCCACCGUUAGAGUCGAGGUAAACGAUAAACCAGACCCACCAAGAUUUGCUCAAGUUGAAAAUGUCAACUGUGACUCUGUCAUGCUAACAUGGAAAGCACCCGCAAAAGACGGCGGUAGCUGUAUUACACAAUAUAUAAUAGAAAAACUUGAGAUGCCCAUGACCAGUUGGUCUAAGGCUUGUGUAACACGUUUUACUCAUGGUACAAUCGAAUCUCUAUCAGCCGGACACGAUUAUCAAUUCCGAAUUUUGGCUGAGAAUCUUUUUGGUAAAAGUGAACCUUGUGAACCAACGGGAGUUGUUCAUACUCCUGAUGAAUCCGAUUCACGUAAAAGUAAACCUUCAUUAGGUUAUGAUGAGCAUGGUAGACGAGUCAGAGGCAAAUAUAAUGGUCCGAAGAUUGAUAAUUAUGAUAAAUUUUAUAAAGAUACGUGGAAUCAACGAAGACCAGCUAAUGUUGAUAUAAAACUAGGAUCAGUGUAUGAAUACUAUGAUGUCUUGGAAGAACUUGGUAGUGGAGCAUUUGGUGUAGUUCACCGAUGUGUUGAAAAGUCAUCUGGUAGAAAUUAUGUGGCAAAAUUCAUAAAUACACCUCAUUCCAUCGACAAACAAACAGUAAGAAACGAAGUUAACGUCAUGAAUAAUUUAUACCAUCGGAAACUGUUACAUUUACACGAUGCAUUCGAUGAUGAACAAGAAAUGGUCUUAAUUCUUGAAUUUCUCUCUGGAGGUGAUUUAUUUGAUCGUAUCGCUGAUGAUGAUUAUCGAAUGAGCGAAGCCGAAGUGAUUCGUUAUAUGAAGCAAUUAUGUGAAGCCAUCUGCUAUAUGCACGAACAGUCAAUUGUUCAUUUAGAUAUCAAACCAGAGAACGUGCUUUGCGAGACUCAACGUUCAACCGAUGUAAAGUUAAUUGAUUUUGGUUUAGCAGCAAAGUUAGACCCAGAAAAUGCUGUAAAAGUAAGUACAGCAACAGCUGAAUUUGCUGCUCCCGAAGUUGCAAAUCACGAAUCUGUUGGCUUUUAUACUGAUAUGUGGGCCUUGGGAGUUUUGUCAUACAUUUUGUUAAGUGGAUUGUCCCCUUUUGCUGGAGAGGAUGAUUUUGAGACCCUGGAAAAUGUACGACAAUGCGAUUGGCAUUUUGAUGAAGAAGCUUUUAAAACAAUUUCACCAUUGGCUAAAGAUUUCAUUAACAGACUACUUUUAAAGAAUGCUGGUCAACGAAUGACUGUACACGAAGCUUUGGAACAUGCAUGGCUAAAAGAUGAUCACGGAGAUUUAACUACAAGAAUACCAGCAUCUAGAUAUAAAGCAAUUAGAGAUAAGCUAAGAGCAAGAUUUGCUGAUUGGCCACAUCCUCUUCCAACUAUUGGUCGUAUAGCAAAUUUUAGUUCAUUGAAGAAACAAAGAGCUAAAGAACAUAGGAUCUAUGAUUCUCAAUUCGAUCGCAAGGAAGCCCUACCCCGUUUUAUACGUAAACCUCAUUCAACAAUCGCCGAAGAGGGCGGAUCCUCAAAAUUUAUGUGUAAAGUUAUUGCUUCUUCUCCUCCACUUAUUUCAUGGUUUUUUAAAGAUUCUCUAUUGUCACCUAGUAUAAAAUAUAUGCCAAAGUAUUCAGGUAAUGAAUACGAGCUACGAAUAUCUAGACUAAAAUCUGAUGAAGAUAGUGGAACUUAUGUUGUACGAGCUGAGAAUUCUUACGGCAAGCGAGAGGAAUCGGCCAAAUUAACGGUCGAACAUGCAGCUCCAAUGAUGCCAAGAAGACGAGCAAUGAGCGUUCAACCUCUCGUCUCGAAUUUAUGUAAGAAGAAGCCUUUGGAUGACUCUUUUGAUGAGUACCGAGAACCAGCAGAUAGAGCUCCUCGUUUUACCUUUCCACUGCGAAAUCGUCAUUUAGUAGAAGGUGUUGGUGUUAAACUGAUUUGCACGGUAGAUUGUAAACCACAACCAAAAAUCGAAUGGUACAAAGAUGGUAAUCUGUUAACAUCUUCGUCUGGUUAUGACAUUAAUUACUCUUUGGGCGUCUCUUCACUCGAAAUUGGUAUUUGUAACACGUCUGAUGCUGGUCGAUAUACCUGUAUCGCUAAAAAUGAAAAAGGAAGCGAGCAAACUGAAUGUCGCAUCACAGUUACCAGCAGUUCCUCUUCCUCUUCUAGACGCCAACAACAUUCCUUGAGGUUAGACUGA